AGUUGUGUUAUUUCUACAUUUAAUAUCAAUUCACUAUAAAGCAAUGUGUGUUUAUUCUUUAGGAAUCGUAUUAUUACGAAAAGUAACAAAUUCUUACAAAUGUACAUUAGAAAAAAAUUAUGUCUGAACAACAACAAUUGGAAAUUCAUGCUGAAGAAACUAUGGAUCAAGAAGAGACUAGAGAUUGGAUUACCGAAAGUAACGAAACAAGCAAAGGGAAUUUACAAGAGGAUGAUUGCGUAUAUCGAUUUAAAGCGUAUAAAGAAUAUAGAAAAAACCACCCUGGGCCAUUAUCAAAACGCAGUUUUCGUGUCUGGUGCCACAAUGGCGGGAAAGAUAAAGAAGAUUUUAAGUGGUCGACAAAAUGUAAAAGAAAACCAUCCGAAAUAAAGAUUUUACGACCUAAAGCUGUUCAAAGAUAUGUAUUUCCGAAUUGUAGAAAUGUGCAAAUGAUUCAGCAUGUAGAAAAUUUAAAUUUUAAAAAUUAAAUAUAAAAUCAAUCAUUUUUUCUUUUCUUAAGGUAUAAAAAAACACA